GGGUAUCGGUCGUCCUCCCGAAAGAUGGGACGUGGACAGAUCUUAAGCCAGCAUAUCAAACCGUAAUGCUGGAAGAGGAAGACGCGUUCCUUUGGAUAGAAACGGUAUGGACUAAAGUCAGCUUGACAAGGUUGCCGCCGAGCUUAAUGAAUUUGGAGUUCCGAGGGACGGUGGAAGCCCGGGGUUGGGUCUACUUGUCGCAAGAUGGGGAGAACGCUAUGGUCAUAGAUUUGGUGCUAGGGAAUGCGCCGGACGAAUUGUUUAGGAAGGCGGAGAGGGAGGUUGUAUGGGUUGCGUGUCAACGGACGGAAAUGGAAAUGGAAAACAUAGAGGUGCGAGUGGAACUCGGGGAUAGAGGGAACGUGAGGCGACCCGUCAGAACAAUGCGGUGUGUGCUGCCCCCAUUUCUGGUGGAUGCUGUCUUCGGAACCCAGAGCAGGCUAGUACAGAUAUGCCAGUCCAUGACGACCCUUGGACUAUACCAAUGCGCCAAGCAGGAUUUCUUCCGGUUGUCGGUAGAAAUGAGACCGUUUGAAGGGAAUUGGUCAGAGGAGCUGGCCGAGAUGCUAAACUGCCUUAGCAUAGAUAAUGUCUUCGUCCCUAGCUCUGUGCAUUGGGGGAUAGUCUGCAGGAAUGUGGCAGUAGGGGAGACAUUCCUGAAAGGUGUGAAUGAAUUGUUCUAUAACGAGGAGGACGACUUCAGUGACGAGGACGAAGAACUAGGCAAAAUGGUGACGGAAGAUGAGACAAAUAAUCGUAGGAGCGAGGAAGGACCAGGCUUAGGAGGCAGCGCUGUACACAGCGAGGAGGGUCAGAAGGACAAAGUAUCCAUAAAUCCGGAUGGUACCAAGAGGAACCGGAAGAAAAUCUCCUCAGGGGAGAACUCGGGGAAAGCCGGGGGAAGCAAGCAAGGGACCCAGGAGACCAGGGAGGGUAGAAAUAAGGACAGGACAAACCCCCAAAAUUCGGAUGGAGCUGUGUCCAAGAAAGUAAGAAUCACGGAUGUGAGGCGCAAACUAGCGAAAAUAGAAAAGAGGACCGCAGAGUACAAGGCAAGAUUGAUUGAGGAAAUGAUGACUGAGAACGAGGACGACCCCCCGCAGGAGGUACCGCGAGAUGAUCGGAAAGUCGGUCAAGGCGGAAGUAGACGAGGGGGUAAGGAUAGUGAUCGCGGAGGGACACCAAGCAAGAGGAGGAACGAGAGAGAGAACUCCCCGGGUAUGGAAGCGGAGAAAGCUACGAAUCCACCAACCAUAGAUAGCAUGGUUAGCCGCCUGCCGGCCACGCCAGCAGCAAUGCGAGGGUGCGAAGGGCUCUGGAGCCUUUGGGAAAGGGUGUUGGGAUGGUUCGACCCGGAGGGGACUGCAAAGACUAGAGAAGGACAGCGGGCCGACAAAGGGGGACAGGAUACCAGCACGGCGGGCGAGGCCAGUAGCUCCGAAGGCGGCCUCAAGAAGAUAGUGUCGUCCCUCGCACGAGCACUAAACAAAAACCAAGGCUACCUCGCAGGCGCUAAGAAAAAGAUGACAUUUGACAGGGCAAACAUCACGGAGUUCCUAAUAGAUUACGAGAACCUGGCUGCGUUGUUAAAAUGGACCGAAGAAGAGAAGAUUGACCACCUAGGGCAGCAUGUGUCAUUGAGCCUGGGACGAGACAUAAUCGCCAUCGUAGCCCCGAGCCGAUCUUGGAAGGAAACCCGAGAUGUAAUGAUGAGGAAGUACCUGGCAGCGAAGAAGAUGGCAACAGAGGCCGAUUUAGCGGCAUUUCAAAGGAAGAACUUCGCAACAUAUGUCGAUGGCAGAGGGCAGAGUGUACGGAAAAGGAGUUAUGGGGACAAGCGGGGACGUGUGGAAUGACUACAUACCUGGAGGUUGGUAGAAAAAAGGUAGAGGAAGGCACGCGUACGCGCGCAAGAGAAAGAUAAGACAAACAGAGCUGCACAGCCACAAUGACGUGUGGCAUACAUUGAUCUCGAACUGAGAUACAAAGCUUACCGCUGAGACUCUGCAGUAUGAUUGGCGCCAAUAGACUUCGAGAAUAUCGGCGGUUGAAGCAGCAAGCGGGCAAGAAAGUUAUACAUCUGUCGGAUCGCCGCUACGGAUCUCACUGAAUAUACACCUGGGUCCCGAUGAUAUUUCGUAUCACACCCUCUUUCAUUGAGUUUUUGAAAACGUGUACAGAAUAUGGCAAAAUUGGUGACGUCAUGGGACUGGAACUUGCGCCCGGGCCCGAGAGGACGUAGAGCGACUCCGUGCACUCGGAUGAUAAACAGAAUGCUAUCAAAUUGAAUGUCAGGGAGCAGCUGUAGCUCUCCACCAAUAGACUGGAGCCCCCUGCAGGACAGAUAGGAGUGCAUGCUCUUUCCAUCACUCCUAUCUGUUAAUGCAGGGGGAAUUGUUCAACAACAAACAAAAAAAGGGACCACCUGAUUACAGUCUUAGCAUUGGAGUGGAAGGACUGUGCAAUGCUAGUGUUUGAACAUUGCCUUAAUGAUGUAAUAAUCUUCGUGAGAAGUAAAGCUCGAAACUGCAU